ACCCAGUUUUGGGCGCACGUAAUUUUCGCUUGUUUUUAUUUCUCUUCCAACCAAUCUCUUUCUCUUCCUUCAUAUAUUCAUCACCUUCCACACCAUUCUCUCUUGUUCUAUGAAUGAUUUUCUUAUAACUCUUCCUUCAACUUUGGCUUCAAUCAAGAUGAUGCAGGGAUAUAGUAGGCAUCUGAAACUUCUCAUCUCUUUCGAUAUAUCUGUAAAUUGAACUGUCGAUCUUUAAAUCCUUGUAUAUAUGGCAACAAGAUCUAAAGAUGGCAGCCCUGCUCCAGGGAGGGAGAAUAAGAUUACAUCACCAUCAUCAACCACCAAAAGGCUCACCAAGUCCCAAACGACAAUCACUGAAAAAUUCUCUUCAACCUCAUCAGCAAAACAAGUCCCAAACUAUCUCAGGCCGACGUUAAGCGCCUCGAGGCACGAAAACUCGCUGAGGUCAUUGUCCGCUGGAGCCAAAAAACAUGGCUCUGAAGAUCAUGCAGCGUCUCAAAAACCUACAUUGAAUAGAAGAAGAUCUUUUGACAAGCCAGCAUCACCUUCUAGGCUUCGGAAGGCAUUGGUCUCCCCGGGAAGGGAAGCGUCACUGCGAUCGUCGUCAAUUUCAGCAAAAACCUCAUCUAAUGCUCCGAGGCCAAGAAUAGAGAGGACAAAAUCGAGCACUUCUGGGGCUGGAAAGCCGCAGCUUUUGCAUGCAAAGAGUGUGAAGAAGAGCAGCGGAAGCAGUUCGGUUAAGAAGGAGAGUUCAUCAGGUUCAACAAGAGCUCCGAAGAGUGAGGACAUAAAACAUACAAUUAAUCUCGAAGCUAAUUUAGAUGCUAUAGAGUCUUUGGAACAUCAUGAGGUUGAAGAGGUAUGUAAGAUCUCGAGUGAGGAGCAUGAUAAAGUGAUUCUUCCGGAUCCGAAAGGCGAGGAGAUUGAACACGUUGGUGAUCACGACGCUGGCGUUUCUGAGGCUGAAGGGAAUAGCGGCGAGGAUGAGAAGGUGAAGGCUAGUGAGGGUGUAAAUUCUAAUGCGGAGGAAUUGAAGGAAAAUGUGGAGGAAAGAAGCGAAGAAAGCGGAAGUGUAUUGACCGAAAAAGAGGAGAAGCAGGCAGAUAAUGACCAACAAGAUGGGGAAGAGAAGGAGAAAAAAAUUGAUGAAAGCGGCGAGGCAAAGGCGGAAGAGGGUUUGAGAAGUGAAGAUCAGGAAACAAAAGUUGAGGUGAAAGAAGAAAAGGAGAAGGAGAGUGAAAGUAAAGAAGAAAAUACAAGGGAGGAAAGCAAAAAUGUUGAGGAAAAGGCAUUGGAUGAGAAGGAAAGGGGAGAAGUUGUGGACGGCGGAGUUGAAGAAGCAAAGCCGCAAAAGGCUGCUGAGGUGGAGUCAGAGGAAGCGCCGAAGCAGCGGCAAGCGAGCGAGGGAUCAUCACAAGGAGGAGGGAGGAAGGACACAGUUCCUGCAUACAAUGAUGUGAUUGAGGAGACUACAAACAAGUUGAUGGAGAAAAGGAAGAACAAGGUGAAGGCAUUAGUUGGGGCAUUUGAGACUGUCAUAGAUUACGAAUCCAAAUGAUAAACCCUAAUUCAUAAAUUUUGUGCUGUAAAAAUCUGUGUAUAUUUGGCACAUACAUUGACAUAUUCUGUGGUGAAGUGAGCCUAAAAGAUUUGAGAGAAAAAAAAAAAGUUGGAUUGGACUGAAACGCAGAAAGAUGGGGAGGGUGUAAUUGGGACAUUUUUAUUUUCCCUGCAGGAAUUUGUUCAUAUUACCAGUGUAAGAUGUACCAUACAUUUGUAAAUAAAUUAUGCUCUAUUUUUAGUCGUUUACCUGA